CAUAUAUAUAUAAUCACAAUUAACUUAUAAUGUUACGUCUUAUCAAAACUUUAAUAUCUUUGGUAUUAUCAUAAAUUUUUUUGUAAAGAUGAUGUUCUGAGCACAUGUGUGUGACCAUAUUUAAUAUUUUAGACACAAGUGUAAUAUAUAUUGCGAAAACUGGCAUGAAUGAAGAGAGUGAAUGUGUUUCUUUUGAAAAAUAUACUAAUAAAAACAUUUUUUUCCAAUCUUAGUGAUGGUCAACUUAAUGGAAUCAACCGCUAACUGAGGAUACUAUAUUGAAGGUCAAAUGAGAUUGAGUUGUUGAGGACAAAAAUAAACUUUUGUUCACUAAAUGGUACAAUGAAAUUCAAUUAUAUUAUGGUAAUUUAUUGUUUAUUUUCUAAACAUAUUAAAAUUAAAAUAAAUUCCAGUUAUAAUAUGAUAAUAAUUUUAUAUUCCAAUGAUGAUAGAAAAUCUAUUGUUAAAAGUAAUAACUAUCUUAAAGUAUUACAUAUGUUCCUGUUUAGAUUAUAAAUAAUUAUCUAUUGCAGAAAAGAAAUAAUCACAAUAUAUUAAUUUAAUAUUAGUUAUCAUAUAAUAUUCUUAAAUUUUUAUAUAAAACUUUUUUGUGGAACUUGAACAAAUAUUAAUUCAAAAUUAUUUCGUAUUAGUAUUUGCCUUUUUUUGUUAAGUGAAGUUCUCGGUUUUAAUUCUGUAUGUUGAGUUUCAUUGUGUCAAAUAUGUUAAAAAUAAACUUAUUCAUUGAAAUAGUAUGAAUGGUAUGAGUGAAAAUAUUAUUAAUGACUAGAAUGAGUUAAUUUCUAGAUGGCUAAAGUUUUUUUCAAUAUGGAAGACUUGAGCAGGACAAUACAGCUUAUGGCAGAAAACAUUCACGUACGUAUGCUAUAUGCCACCUACUGUUGCAGCUCUCUGAAACCCGUUGCAAUAACUAUAUAGAAUGAAAUCCUAUAUUAUUCUAUAUAUUUGGAUGUUGUAAUAUUUCCAAAUUUUUGACAAAUACUAUUAUUCAUGCAGCGUGGAAAUGAGAGUCAAUCCAGUAGUUUACUUAGAAUAUAAACAGAUAUUCUAAGGGCAUUAAAUAAAAAUUAUUGAAAUGAAGUGGUAAAACUCCGGAUAUUGGUUCUAGGACAUUUACUGAAAUUAUGCGGGAACAAUUGCUUAAAGGAGAAGAAACUGAGUUAAGAAAGAAAUUAGCAGAAAAAGCCAAGGAGGGUACUUUAAAAGCAAAUGGUGAACCUAAACCAGUACCUAAAAAAAGAGGACGUUGGGACCAAACAGAUGAUGUUCCUACGUCUAAGAAAAUAUCUGGAACUUCAGCUACUCCAACUUCAUGGGAUAAUGCUGAUGUAACUCCAGCUGCUAUUAGAUGGGAUGAAACUCCUGGUCAUGGUAAAGGAGGAGAAACACCUGGGGCUACCCCAGGAAUAAGCACUAGAAUGUGGGAUGCCACACCAGGGCAUGCGACUCCUGGUGCUGCUACUCCUGGUAGGGAAACACCAUCACAUGAAAAAACUGUUUCGAGUCGUAGAAAUCGUUGGGAUGAAACACCAAAAACAGAAAGAGAAACACCUGGACAUAGCAGUGGAUGGGCCGAAACUCCCAGAACUGAUAGAGUAACUGGAGAUUUAAUUCAAGAAACGCCAACACCAUCAGCCAGUAAAAGGCGCAGUCGAUGGGAUGAAACGCCAUCAAAUCAAACGCCUGGAUCCAUGACACCGCAAACACCUGCUACUCCACUUACAACUCCACAUCAAGCUAGUGUUUUAACUCCAAGUGGAGUUACACCCACAGGACCUAAAGCAAUGGGUCUGGCAACUCCAACACCAGGACAUUUGAUGUCUAUGACACCAGAACAAUUACAAGCUUACCGCUGGGAAAAAGAAAUAGAUGAAAGAAAUAGACCACUUUCUGAUGAUGAAUUAGAUGCUUUAUUCCCGCCUGGUUAUAAAGUUCUACAACCACCUGCAGGAUAUAUACCAAUACGUACACCUGCAAGAAAACUCACAGCAACACCAACUCCUAUUGCUGGUACACCUCAAGGAUUCUUUAUUCAGACUGAAGAUAAGAAUGCAAAAUUUGUAGACAAUCAACCAAAGGGCAAUUUACCAUUUAUGAAACCAGAAGAUGCUCAAUAUUUUGAUAAACUCUUAGUUGAUGUGGAUGAAGAAACUCUCAGUCCAGAAGAACAAAAAGAAAGGAAAAUUAUGAAACUACUUCUAAAAAUUAAGAAUGGUACACCACCUAUGAGAAAGGCUGCUCUAAGACAAAUUACAGAUAAGGCAAGAGAAUUUGGAGCUGGACCACUAUUCAAUCAAAUUCUGCCUUUAUUGAUGUCUCCUACUCUUGAAGAUCAAGAAAGGCAUCUGCUUGUAAAAGUUAUUGAUCGUAUUCUCUAUAAAUUAGAUGAUUUGGUUAGACCAUAUGUGCACAAGAUUUUGGUUGUUAUUGAACCUUUGUUAAUUGAUGAAGAUUAUUAUGCACGUGUUGAAGGUAGAGAAAUCAUUUCUAAUUUAGCAAAAGCCGCAGGUUUAGCUACUAUGAUUUCCACUAUGAGACCUGACAUCGAUAAUAUUGAUGAAUAUGUUCGUAACACAACUGCUAGAGCAUUUGCUGUGGUUGCUUCUGCUUUAGGAAUACCUUCACUAUUACCAUUCUUAAAAGCAGUAUGUCGUAGUAAAAAGUCUUGGCAAGCAAGACAUACAGGUAUUAAAAUCGUACAGCAAAUCGCUAUCCUUAUGGGAUGUGCUAUAUUACCACAUUUGAAAAGCUUGGUCGAAAUAAUAGAACACGGACUGGUGGAUGAACAACAAAAAGUUCGUACUAUCACUGCAUUAGCUAUAGCAGCUUUAGCUGAAGCAGCAACACCAUAUGGCAUUGAAAGCUUUGAUUCUGUUUUAAAACCAUUGUGGAAAGGUAUACGGACACAUAGAGGGAAAGGCUUAGCUGCAUUUUUAAAAGCAAUUGGAUAUCUUAUACCGCUUAUGGACGCUGAAUAUGCUAAUUACUAUACUCGCGAAGUGAUGUUAAUUCUUAUUCGAGAAUUUCAGUCUCCUGAUGAAGAAAUGAAAAAAAUAGUUUUGAAAGUUGUCAAACAAUGUUGCGGAACUGAUGGCGUCGAAGCACAAUAUAUAAAAGAUGAAAUUCUGCCACAUUUCUUUAAACAUUUUUGGAAUCACCGAAUGGCAUUGGAUCGAAGGAAUUAUCGACAGCUUGUUGACACAACCGUAGAAAUAGCAAAUAAAGUUGGUGCAUCAGAAAUUAUUAAUAGAGUAGUAGAUGAUUUAAAAGAUGAAAAUGAACAAUAUAGAAAAAUGGUUAUGGAAACUAUCGAAAAGAUAAUGGGUAAUUUAGGAGCAGCUGAUGUCGAUUCUCGUUUGGAGGAACAACUUAUUGAUGGUAUACUAUAUGCAUUUCAAGAGCAAACUACAGAGGAUGUUGUAAUGCUUAACGGCUUCGGUACUAUUGUCAAUACAUUAGGAAAAAGAGUUAAGGCUUAUUUACCUCAAAUAUGCGGUACCAUAUUAUGGAGAUUAAAUAAUAAAUCUGCUAAAGUACGACAACAAGCAGCUGAUCUAAUUUCACGCAUUGCAGUUGUUAUGAAAACCUGUCAAGAAGAAAAACUUAUGGGUCAUCUAGGUGUUGUACUUUAUGAAUAUUUAGGUGAAGAAUAUCCAGAAGUUUUAGGCAGUAUUUUGGGAGCUUUAAAGGCUAUUGUUAAUGUGAUAGGAAUGACCAAGAUGACUCCACCUAUAAAAGAUUUAUUACCACGAUUGACUCCUAUUUUAAAAAAUAGACAUGAAAAGGUACAAGAAAAUUGUAUCGAUCUUGUAGGUAGAAUAGCAGACAGAGGACCCGAAUACGUAUCCGCUCGCGAAUGGAUGAGGAUAUGUUUUGAACUUUUAGAAUUAUUAAAAGCACAUAAAAAAGCAAUUAGACGAGCAACCGUAAAUACUUUCGGUUAUAUUGCAAAAGCUAUUGGACCACAUGAUGUUUUAGCCACACUUUUAAAUAAUUUAAAAGUUCAAGAACGUCAGAAUCGUGUAUGCACAACCGUAGCUAUAGCCAUAGUUGCAGAAACAUGUAGUCCAUUUACAGUUUUACCAGCAUUGAUGAAUGAAUACAGAGUACCUGAAUUAAAUGUCCAAAAUGGUGUACUAAAAUCUUUAUCUUUUUUAUUUGAAUAUAUUGGAGAAAUGGGAAAAGAUUAUAUCUAUGCUGUUAGUCCAUUAUUAGAAGAUGCACUCAUGGAUAGGGAUUUAGUACAUAGACAAACAGCUUGUGCAGCUAUUAAACAUAUGGCACUUGGUGUUUAUGGUUUUGGCUGCGAAGACGCAUUAAUUCAUUUAUUAAAUCAUGUAUGGCCCAAUGUUUUUGAAACUUCUCCACAUUUGGUGCAAGCAUUUAUGGAUGCAGUUGAUGGUUUACGUGUUGCACUUGGUCCAAUAAAAAUAUUACAAUAUACAUUACAGGGUUUAUUUCAUCCCGCUAGAAAAGUUCGAGAUGUGUAUUGGAAAAUAUAUAAUUCUCUUUAUAUUGGUGGACAAGAUGCUCUUGUUGCUGGUUAUCCACGAAUUAUGAAUGAUCCAAAGAAUCAAUAUAUAAGAUACGAAUUGGACUAUAUUUUGUAAUAAAUAAGUACAAUGUGCAAACUAUGUAAUAUCUAUGACAAUUAUUACAAUCAAUUUAUAAUACAUUAUAAAAAAUGUGUUUCAUAUUAUAUUGAAUCAAAUUAAUAUAGCUACAAUAUUUAUUU